GCGCCUUCGAAUCGAGAUACUCCAAUUUCACGCAGCGCAAACGCCGAUUCGUAUAAAAGCGGCUGCGAAGAUCUGAAAAAUCAUUCCAGUCUUACACAUCCACCGAGGAUCACACAUAUAUAGAUUAAGCUAUUAAAAAAAAAUAGCAAUGAAAUCGUUCAUCCCUCUGUUCGCCCUCGUGGCCUUAAGCUAUGCCGCCCCACAAUUCAACCAAUACCAGACGCAGCCACAGUACCAAGUUAUUCCCAUCGUUAGACAGAACCAGGAAAUCAACCCUGAUGGUUCCUAUCAGUGGAGUUACGAGACCGGAAACGGCAUCCAAGCCCAAGAACAGGGGUACCUCAAGAACGCCGGCAUCAAGGACGCCGAGGCGCAAGUAGCUCAAGGCUCUUACAGCUACACCGGCCCCGAGGGUAUCCCCAUCACUGUCACAUACAUCGCUGACGAGAACGGUUUCCGUGCUGAAGGCGCUCAUCUUCCCACUCCCCCACCAAUCCCAGAAGCCAUCGCCCGCGCGCUCCAGUACAUCGCAGCCAAUCCCCAAACUCAACAACAGCAAAACCAGUACCAAGGCUUCCGCGGUUAACUUCCCAACCACGACCACUGACUCGAGCUUACUAUUAAUAUACAACCGAAUCAUGUAUAACAUGUGAACAAAACGAUUGACUCAACGAUCCUUAGCGAUAAGUAUAAUCCUACUGUGAUUUAUUUUAUUUUUUAAGUACUCGUAACUAUGAGAUAAAUAAAGAUAAUUUUUUAUAGAA